GAGUGGAGCCCGUGCAUAUGUGGAUGGGGGUGAGUGAGGUGUGACAGCUGAGUGUUCGUAGUGAUGGAGGAUUUGAGCGAACUGCGGUCUGAAGCUGCCGCGUGGCUUGGUACCAUCCAAGUUAGUACUGCGUGUCUAAGCAAGGUGGUGGCGACCUUGCGAUCUGCGGCGGCCGAAAAGAUGACGCCGUUGCUCACGUGGACCCGGAGGAAGCAGCGAAGCAUGAUGGAGAUUACAKGGGGGGUGGAGGGGGGGCCACCGCCCUGUUUGAAAGCGUGUAUUGAUGGGCCACGAUCGCGCGAUUUGAUGCGGUGCUUCUACGAGGAGCUUGAGGAGGGGCAAGUUCUCUGCGCUGCAUUAGAAGAUCGAUGGUACGAUGAUGCUGAUAAUCUCGUGGAAGACGAUCUGGCCAAUUACACCAACGCUGGAGACGAUCAGGAUAAUAACACUAUCGCCGACGACACCAUCAUGACCAACAGCAACAACGAUAACGAUCUCGCCCGCCUCGCCGAUGUCUACAACAACAACAACAACAACAACAACAACAACAAUAACAACAACAACUACAACAACAGCAACGACAAGAACAAGAACAGUAACAAGCCAAUAUUGCCUGUGACCAGCUCGCUCAUUUCUUCACAAGCCAUGAACAGCAACAUCAACAACUACACCAUGCCUGUGACUGUGCCGCUGGUAUCUACACAGGCCACGAGCAUCGACAGUGACAACUACAGCAACAAUAAGGAGGCUGCGCAUGGCAGUGCCAUGGAUAGAAGGAAGCGGUGUUCGUGCGCGGCAGGGAGCAACGAUAUCUACAACAAUAACAAUAUCGGCAGAUAUGGUGAAGUAUCUGCGUAUGGUCAUUUUUCUUUCUCCCCCCUCCCUCCCUUCCUGUUUUCCUUUUCGUGUGAUUCUGGCGUUGAUUGGGGAGACGGGCGAGAGGGUCAGCCGAAUGGAGUGCUCAGCAAACAGGAGGGCGGUGUGGGGGUGUGGGGAGUGGGAURGUGGCGUGAGGGGGUAGGAUAGCGAAYGCUGGAUCAGCCAGGUUGCAGUAGAGUAGGCAUCCCCUCCCUACCAGGGUUUCCCAGCCCUACCUGUCUGCUCCCCAUCAUACCCCACCAUACUCGAUCUCACUGGUCCCGAUAAAAUGCUAUGCAUCUCACUACCCCCCAAAUACUGACUGCAUGGGCUGGGUGGGGGGGGUACCAAGUUGGGGGUGCAAAGGCCAGCAGCAAAGUAAAAGAGAAACAGUUGGGCAUAUUCCCUGUGAGUCCCCCAUUCGACCAGCGGAUCAUCAUCCUUUCUCACAGUUACCCCUUCAUCAUCUGGCACUUUUCAUAGCUGCCUUCCUGACAUAUCAUGCUGCUACCCAAAACGAUGCAUGCCAAAGCACGUGAGUCGUCAACGCAUGCAUCUUGAUAUCCGUGCGUCUUGCCCACACAAAAAAUUGUCAAGGCACGUCACCACCAUCAUCUGCACUGUACUGACCAUAGCUGCCUUAGUGACAAAUCAUGCUACCCAAAAAGAUGCAUGCCGAAGCACAUGUGUCGUGAUUGCAUGUAUCUUGAUACUCCUAACACUUCCUAUGUCUAGUCCCAAACAAAAUUUGUCUGUUUCCACUGUGCUCUUCAGUGUGCCCUUCGUCUCAUUUCGCAAGCAUACCAGACACAUAUUCCCGACCAAAAUUUGUGUGUUUCCACUGUGUUCUUCAGUGUGCCCUUCGUCUCAUUUCGCAAGCAUACCACAUACAUAUUCUGAUGAACCAAGCAAAAUGGCAUGCAGAACGACAGGGAGAGGUGGCAACAAGAGUGACGCUACCUUAGCGGACUAAACACAGGUGAAAUCCGGGGGUGAAUCCAGGUUACAGCAGGUGAAAUCGGGGUUAACGCAGGUGGAAUCGGGGGGGUUAAACCAGGUGAAAUCGCGGUUAACGAAGGUGGAAUCGGGGUUAAAACAGGCGAAAUCCAGGUAACGACGUAACGUAUAAAUCCCCUCGUACUGCAACGGAGUCCGGCCACACAAGCACAACCUUCAUUCAACCCUGGUUAACUCCGUGCCAGCAGCCGCGGUAAGAUGGCGAGGAAACACUUAGAACAAAAAGCUUUCGAAACGUGCCGAACCUACAGGCAUUCCAGUGUUACAGUGGGUCAUCCGAAUGGACAAACUAAUAAAGAACUGAUACAACUGAAUGAAUGAAGGCGAUAAUUAGUGAAAAAGGACGGAGAAAACGCAGAAAUGCAAGAGAAUUAGGAGGAGGUGGGAUAGUCGGAUUUGGCCGGCCGUAUGCCGACCAACAAUUUGAUGCCUGAUUGCUUGGAACAAGGAAGCAAGUUCAGUCAACAAAACAAAAGCGGUGUAAAUCAGGAAAAACAAUGGGUGGGAAUACACAAUCGGUGCCCAUCUGAUUGCGUACCCAUUUCGCAAGGCGUAGUGAAUCAUUGAGCGGAGAGACGAAAUGAACAUAACUACACGGA